AUGGCUAAUGACGCGCCUAAGAACCUCUCCUUCAUUCUGGAGGGUAUAAAGAAAGUCUCCUACCAAGAUAGGCCCGUCCCAGCCAUCAAAGAACCCCACGACGUGCUGGUGCAGGUCAAAUUCACUGGUGUCUGCGGCAGCGACGUCCAUUAUUGGGAGCAUGGCUCCAUCGGGCCCUUCACCUUAACUUCGCCAAUGGUCCUAGGCCAUGAAUCUAGCGGGAUAGUCACCUCCGUCGGUCCAGCCGUCACAAGUCUACGGCGCGGUGACAAUGUUGCCCUCGAACCGGGCGUCCCUUGCCGACGCUGCGAACCCUGUCUCAGCGGCAAAUACAAUCUGUGCCUCAACAUGGCCUUCGCCGCCACGCCGCCCAUCGACGGCACGCUGGCCAAGUACUACGUUCUACCCGAAGACUUCUGCCAUAAACUACCCGCGAACGUCGGGCUUGAGGAAGGUGCGUUGAUGGAGCCACUCAGCGUAGCGGUGCAUAUUGUGAAACAGGGGCGUGUGCAGCCGGGCCACUCUGUGGUGAUAUUUGGUGUGGGCCCGGUGGGCCUGCUGUGCUGUGCGGUUGCGAGAGCGUUUGGGGCGUCGAAGGUCAUUGCAGUUGAUAUUCAGCCUGCCCGGUUGGAGUUUGCAGCACGUAGAGCUCGCGAAUUCUUGUGCCUUGGAUCAAAAAAAGAGAAGAUAGGAUAG